AUGGCCUACAAUUGGUUGACUGACGUUCCUCGCAACUUCAAGGAGGCCAUCGACUGGUUGAUCGCCUUGAAGGGAACUGAUGGCGUGAACAACUUGAAGGCCAUGGGUACCGCGAUUCACGCAAUUCUCGCUAACAAACCUGCAGGAUUCACGAAAGUGCCAGCGCUAGAGGACGUUAAACUUAUUACUAAGGAAUUCCUGGAGAAAGACAACAUUAAGGACCUGUCUCCGGCAAGCGACAUGCUUCAAAGAUUCAGCAAGCCUAUGAUAAAAUCCAAUUCUUAUGCCAAAAAGUUCAACUUCGAGGAAAGCGACUAUGUGAACGUCAUAAGUACUCGUGCUAUGAAACCUGAAGAUAUUGCACAUGAUAUAACUGAACUUGUGUAUGGCUGUGCAAAGUUCCUGGAAGAAAUCAAAACCCCUGACAAGUACAAUUCUGCAUACAGUCCAGAAACAAAUUGGGAGGCAUCAUGCGCUAGAAAUCCGCAAGCGUGCGCAGUGGUAUUUGUCGGGAUUGCUCCAAUGUUGUUCGUAGGUCUACGUUCUUUGCAGUUUGCGAGCUAUAGUGAUGGGUUCAACUGGCUGCGGUUUAAUAGGAUGAAGGUUAGUAUGGUAGAUGUAUUGGAAGCCAUGGGUUACAAAAAGUCGGAGCUACCACUCAUUAAGAAUGGUUCAAAUGUCUUCAAUGCGUUGAAAAACGUGAGCUCCCGAAUGUUGUCCACACUCUACGAUCUCAGUGGAUUUUGGGCAUUCUAUUGA